AUGAUCUACUAUGACACAGCGCCCUUAUGGGGAGUGCUCAUGCGCUGGCAUGGGUCGGCAUUAAACGGCCAAGCGCCACUCCGCGCUUUGUUCAUGACAAUGAUCGCUUUGAUUGUUGCGAUCGUGAAUCACUACUACCCGUUUGUAGUUCCUACACGCGCGUCAACAGCGUUCACGGAUUCCUUGACAGUCUUCAAUACGUUCUUAGGCCUCACCAUUUCGUUCCGCAUGAAUUCAGCCUUCAACCAGUGGCGUGCUGGAGUUGUAGCGGUAGGGACUCUAGCUGAGACCGCCCGUGACAUCGUGAGCUCUGGCUGUGCAUAUGUUAGCACCACGAUCAAGGAGGAGCUCACCGCAACAACUGACGCAGUGGAGAUAGACGAGAGUACUGCAAAGAAGGAGAGUUCAUCCCCAACGCUUCAAUCUUCGGUUCACUCAAAGGUACCGACCAUCCCUCAAGACGUUAUUGAAAAGUGCACCUUCUUCACGGAGUUGCGCCGACUCGUUUUCCUGUACAUUGCGAUUGUGUUUCAUGACUGUCGUGGGCUAGAUGGAAUUGAAAAGCUGAAGGAAUCCGGGGUGUUGACAUCCACCGAGUACGACGAGCUGUGCGCAUGUGGCUCGGAGCACUACCGACGAGUUGAGAACGACGAGUCGUACGGGGCAGUUGUUGGUCGUACACCGCAUAAAUUGCGUGCUGCUAUUACCGAGCUCUGGCUCAAGAGACUUGUGCAAGUGGCGACAACUCGAGGGCACUUGACGCCACAGAACUCCAACAGCUUGCAGCUCAAACUCGCGCGACUGCCCAAUCUGUACACGACAGUGUUCAACAUCGCCAACGUGCCGAUCCCGUUCAACUACAUGCAGUACCUGCAGUUCUUACUCAGCGCGUACAUGCUGCUCUACACCUUUGUGAUUGUGCCAAGGUCGGGCUUGUACACUCCACUGUGGGUCUUUAUGUGGGGCACGUUCCUCUUCAUGGCAGAUGAAGUCGCUAUGGAGAUCGAAUGUCCGUUUGGACUGGAUGCAAACGAUAUCGAUCUGGAAUCUCGGUUGCUGCAGAUCGAAGAAGAACUCACAGUCCUCCUUCGGAGUCAGUACUACUUCCUCUCGGGUGGCUCUAGUCUAACGCUUCUACCGGCCAUCGCUAUUCCUGGUGAACGGGACUCGCUGAACAAGCUCAAGCCCGCGCCACUUCAAAGCACUUUUUCGUUCCAUCAAGGCCGUUUAUCUCCGUCGCAUCAAGCGAUGAUGCAACAGGAUUCAUUGCCCGAGAUCGAUGAGUUCACGAACCUCAUCAAGUUUUCAAGUGCGGACAGCAGUACCAAAGGGAGCGACUAUGGGUCAGUGGCAUAG